AUACUUUGUUCGAGUGACGGUUUCGAAACGAAUAACGGACAUUGUUAAUGAGAAGGAUAUAUGGGUGUACUCGUAUCGAAUGCCACCGGAAAGCAAUAGCUCUAUUAAAAUGGAAGUUGGUAUCGAGGACUGUCUACACAUUGAAUUUGAGUACAACAAAUCGAGGUAUCAUCUUAAAGAUGUGAUCGUGGGGAAAAUUUACUUCCUGCUGGUUCGAAUAAAAAUCAAGCACAUGGAGUUAUCGAUUAUUCGCAGGGAAACAACUGGGGCCGCUCCAAAUCAAUAUAACGAAAGCGAGACGAUCACGAAGUUUGAGAUUAUGGAUGGAGCACCAGUGCGCGGCGAAACGAUUCCUAUUCGUCUAUUUCUUGGUGGAUUCGAAUUGACGCCUACUUUCCGUGAGGUAAACAAAAAAUUCUCCACGCGUUAUUACCUCAAUUUGGUACUCGUUGAUGAGGAAAAUCGUAGAUACUUUAAACAACAGGAAAUCACUAUCUAUAGAAGAAGAGUGGAUGACGGUCUUCCAGCAGAAGACGAGUUAAAAGCGUGA